UGCCCCAGAGCUGUACCGUCCGCCUCCUCCCGCCGACGCGGAGCCACAAAGCCGACGGUCCCGCAUCGCUCGGCUCCAUUCAGCGCGUGUGAAGAUGGUGAAUGCACCGUGCGCUCGCAGGCUGGCUCGUCGCUCCCGCUCCGCGCUCAUCGCUGCGCUCACCGUGCUGCUCGUGCAGACGCUCAUCGUGUGGAACUUCAGCAGCCUGGACUCGGGAGACGGGGACCGGGGGGACGGCGGUGGCGGUGGCGGCGGAGGCGGAGGCGGCGGCGGCGGAGGCUCCAGGCUCAGGGAUAAGCGGAACGCCGGCAGCGAGGUGCGGAAGAGCGGCAUCCGGCAGCGGCAGCCGGCGUUCGGACAGGGAGCCGAUGGACACAGACAGCAGCCGGAUGGCUUCCGCUCGCACCGGCCAAAGGAGAAAGUACGAGUUGACAGCAACAACGAGAACUCUGUGCCCAAAGACUUUGAGAACAUUGACAACAGUAACUUUGGGGCGCGAUCCCAGCCACAGAGGCAGAUGGCCGGCAAGCACAAGGAGCGGCUAAAGGAGAAGGCGCUGGCCGAGCAGAGCCCUCUCAAGGGCUCCAACGAGGUCAUCCAGUACGACCUGGCCAAGGGUGCGGCACCGGUAUCGCUUGGCUUCAACCGCACGCACGCUAGUCAUCGAAGGACUCCCAGCACGGCCCAGGCGCAUCGCUCGCAUCAGGAGGAUGACCGCAGCCACCCCGUCCAGCAGAGCAAGAGGACAGCCAACACUGGCCAAGAGAUCCAGUACAACCAGCCUCCCAAGUGCGAGAUUGCAGGCAAGGAGGCUAUUUCCGCUCUGUCCCGCGCCAAGACCAAGGAGUGUCGGCAGCAGAUCGCAGAGGUGUACUGCCGCCACAAGGAGGGCCAGCUCAUGCCGGAGAAGGUCACUCGUUACUGCCACCUGGAGGGCAAGGCCAACGUGAACGUGCAGUGGGAGGAGAACUCGUUGGAGCGCCCCCCGUCUGCUCCCGUGAAGAUCGCCUUCAUGCUGGUGAUCCACGGCCGUGCCUCGCGCCAACUCCAACGCCUCUUCAAAGCCAUCUACCACACAUCUCACUUCUACUACAUCCACGUGGACGAGCGUUCAAACUAUCUGCAUAGACAGGUGGUGGCGCUCGCGAGUCAGUACCCUAACGUGCGAGUGACGCCCUGGCGUAUGUCAACUAUCUGGGGUGGUGCCAGUCUGCUGACCAUGUACCUGCGCAGCAUGAAGGACCUGCUGGCCAUGAGGGACUGGAGCUGGGACUUCUUCAUCAACCUUAGUGCUGCUGACUAUCCGAUCAGGACCAACAGUCAGCUGGUGGCCUUCCUGUCCAAAUACCGAGACAUGAACUUCAUUAAGUCUCACGGAAGAGACAACGCCAGGUUCAUACGCAAACAAGGCCUGGACCGGCUCUUCUACGAGUGCGACACCCACAUGUGGCGGCUGGGCGACCGCAAGAUCCCCGAGGGCGUCACGGUGGACGGGGGCUCCGACUGGUUCCUGCUGAACCGCAUGUUCGUGGACUACGUCAUCAACUCCCAGGAUGACCUGGUGACCAGCAUGAAGCGCUUCUACUCCUACACCUUGCUCCCCGCUGAGUCGUUCUUCCACACGGUCCUGGAGAACAGCCCCCACUGCGGGAGCAUGGUGGACAACAACCUGCGCAUCACCAACUGGAACCGCAAGCUCGGCUGCAAGUGCCAGUACAAGCACAUCGUGGACUGGUGCGGCUGCUCACCCAACGACUUCAAGCCGCCGGACUUCCACCGCUUCCAGCAAACUGCCAGACCCACUUUCUUCGCACGCAAGUUCGAGGCCAGCGUCAACCAGGAGAUAGUCAACCAGCUGGAUGCCUUCCUGUUUGGCGCCAUGCCGCCGGACACCCCGGGCCACAAGGCGUACUGGGAAAACGUGUUCGACGAGCCCGACGGCGUGCACAGCCUGACCGACACUCAGCUCACCCACUUCCACGCCUUCGCCCGCAUGGGCCUUUCCCACGCCGCCGGCUCACUUCAAGGGGACCCCGGUGACGCCAGCUGCAGGUUCUUUCCCAUGGGCCACCCGGUGUCUGUCCACCUGUACUUCCUGUCUGACCGAUUCCAAGGCUACCUGGUGCGGCAUCACGCCACCAACUUGGCCACCAGUAAGCUGGAGACUUUGGAGACUUGGGUCAUGCCCAGGAACGUCUUCAAGAUGGCCAACCAGGUCAACAACGGUGUCAACCGGCUGCAGUUUGCAGAGAUUGGCACGGACUGGGAUGCCAAAGAGCGGAUGUUCCGGAACUUCGGGGGCCUGAUGGGACCGAUGGACGAGCCUAUAGGAAUGCAGAAGUGGGGCAAGGGACCCAACGUGACGGUGACGGUGGUGUGGAUCGACCCCACCAACGUCAUCGCCGCAACCUACGACAUCCUGAUCGAUGGCGGCGCCGAGUUCACCCACUACAGGCCGCCGCUGAACCUGCCGCUGCGUCCAGGCGUGUGGACAGUGCGCGUACUGCACCACUGGAGCCCCGUAGCGGAGACGCGCUUCCUCAUCGCUCCGCUGGCCUACGGCAAGCAUCAGCCCAUCCGCCAAGCCGAUGCCCUAAAACUCCACAACGGUCCAGCCAAGAACAGCUACAUGGAGCAGAGCUUCCACGGCCUGAACCCGGUGCUCAACAUCCCUGUACACCUGGGCCAGGUGGAGGCAGCCAAGCGCAAUGCCGCCCUCACGGGUGCCGAGCUGGAGCGCUGGCUGGACGGUCUGGUGGGGGAGGCCUGGUCCGCGGUGGACGUUUGCACGACGGGGCCCGGCGCCUGUCCCGUCAUGCAGGCCUGCAGCAAAACCAUGUGGAGCUCACUCAGUCCUGAUCCCAAAUCCCAACUGGGGCCACCCCGAGCAGAUGGACGCAUCAGGUAGCGCCCUCUGUCGGCCAGGAGGAUCCCCUGCUAUUACUGUGUACAUUGAGUUUUAAUUUUAUAUUUCGAUGGAAGAAUUUUUAUUUUUUUUCCUCAUCGCUGGUAAACGUAAGAGCAUUACAGUAUUACACUUAUUAUUUUUUGAAUGAAUGAGGUAGAAAACAUCCCAUAAGAAAAGACAGCAAUGAAUUUAGGUCUUCAGAUUGUUAUUCUUUUGGUUUGUUCCGUUUUCCUUCCGAUAUUUAUUUUUUUUCUAAGAUUCUUAAUUUCGCGUAUCUGAAUAAGACAAAAAUAUAGCAUGACAGAAUGUCUCAUCCGAGUUUGCUACUGAAUCAAAGGAAGAGGGAAUGCGAAGCUGGUGCACCCAAGAGCAAUGAACGGACACUGAAUAUGCGGACCAAAAGGGAAUCCAUUUGGCCUUGCUGUCACACGCCGAGAACAGCGACGCAGAUCGAGUGAAAUAGCUCCGAUCCAAGCCUCGACGAACCAGGCAACAGGUGUGUGGCGGGAUCAUAGCACAGCACUUCUUGGUGACCGUCGAGGUCUGGAGUGCGUAGAUGGGUUAGCAGUCUACCCAGCCUUUUACUGAAGUGCUACACCCAUAAACCCAAAUGUGCCAGGAGUCUCCAGAAGUGGGUUGGGUUUAUAUAUAUAUAUAUAUUUUUUUUUUUUUCUUCUUUCAUUCUUGCAGACUGCCCAAAACUUGAAGUGCAGAUGUGCCAGCUGUGCUGGUAUUCCGGGAAGAAAAAUCCUUAGAUCUUGAUUUUAGUUACUGUGUACUCCUUUGUUUCGAACUAUAGGGAAAAGUUUUAAAGGAGUAACUGUAUGGAGGGAAUGAGUAAAAAGUUAGCUAUUUAUUUAUAAGUUUAUAUAUAAAUACAGAUAAUUUAGUCAAUGACUAAUGACUACACGCUGCUUUUGCAGCUUGGUGAAUAUUUUUUUGUAAAUGAACUGCCUUUAUUUACAAAGGCCAUUGCCCCAAACUCUGUAUGUAGGCAGAUGCCUUUGUGUCGGUGUGGUCCAGUCAGCAUAGGUAUUCUUGUCUAGUCAUUGAAGUGGCUGUUUCACGAGUACAUCACAUGUAAAUUAAGUGCUGGGGAAAAAAUGUCAAUUGUUCCAUCAUCUCAGAAUUAAAAACAAACAAGUAACAAGCAAAAAAAAAAAAAGAAAAAAAAAGAAAAAAAAAACCUAUAACACGGAGUUUAAUGUUGUGUUGUGAAUUUCUUACAAAUGAACAUUGGUCCCGGAAUGUGACUCCGAUUUCGAUGCUGUGAUACAGUGUAUGUUUGAAUUAUUUGGUUCGGGUUGGAUAGAAACGGGCUGCGGCGUUAGCGGGAGCCCUGAGCUGUCAGCUGAUAAAGACAAAUGUCAUGUCGUUGGUUCCAACACCGAUAACCUUUCAGCGCUCUGCUGGUGUGAGGGAGCCGAUUCUCUACGCUCUGCACCUCUGUAGACGCCGGUGGAACUCACCGGCAGGGAGAAGAAAAAGGAUUCUUCUGCAAAUACGUCCCUGAAACUCAAGAUUCUUGGUAUGACCUCAGUCGGCCACCUGACCUUGAACCGGUAAAAUUAUUAAUUAGAUAUAAAGUGUCUUUAAAUAGUUCUGCGUAAACAUAUGCUGUAUUUCUAGCAGGUGUGCCUUGAAUAGAGUAGGCGUCGAUCAUACCCAUCUGCUCUGCACAGAUCCGGUAUUUAUUCAGUAACCUAUAAUCUGCGUAUAUUUCAUGACAUGAUUUUUGUCGUGCAAAGCUUUAUGGGUUUGAAGGCAGAACAUGGUUCAGGGCUUUCUGCGCUCUCCCACGGGCAAACUCCAGUAACCAUGAAAUAUCCAGAGCGUGAGGACCUCGCAAGUAGACGCUUAGCCCUUCCUACGACACGUUCCCCAUGCCAUCCUGCACGCCACGCAGGCUCCCGCUCGCCCCCCGCACGCUUCGCGGCCUCCCUUG